UUUCCCACUAUUCCAGGAUGUCGGGGAUGUCCUGACAAAUGACGAACGAUCGGCAUUGGAUCGGCAUGGUAUAAAAUAAAUACGUUGAUUUAUUACUGAUUUAUUACUGAUUUAUUACUGAUUUAUUACUGAUUUAUUACUACGUGAGCCGUAUGUGAGUGGAAUGAAAUCCAUUCGACGUUAUUCAAAUUCUAGAAAUCAACCACCUCCUUCACUGUGUUCAAACAAAAUAAUUACAAAAAUGAUAAACACGUUCAUAUUUAUGGAUUUGGAAACGACCGGAUUAAUUAAAGGAAGCUUGAUGCCAAAAAUCACAGAAAUCUCACUGAUCGCGGCAUCGAGAAGUGGUAUAUGUAAUGCUACAAAUGCAUUACCAAGAGUUUUGCAAAAGCUUGUUUUAGCUGUAAAUCCAGAGAAACCCAUCCCUAGAGUUGUACAGAAUAUGACAGGUUUAUCAAAUGACCAUUUGGAUAAAGUUGAAUGUUUUAACUCUGAUGUAUUUGACUUAAUUAUUAAGUUUUUAAAACGACAAACAGCACCAGUUUGCUUUGUAGCUUACAAUGGAAAUAGAUUUGACUAUCCAAUACUUUUAUCAGAACUUAAAACAAUUGGCCAGACUUUCAGUGAAGAUAUUUUAAGUAUUGAUAUGAUGUAUAUAGUUAAAGACUUUUGCUCACGUAAAACACGCUUGGAGUUGGACUAUAAUAAUUUACUGAACGAUGGGUAUGACGAAGCUUUAUCUAUUGCAUUGGACUCUACUCUGAAGCAUGUCAUGAAAAUGGAUUGUGAUAAUGAUGCUUGUUCUAAUGAAACUAGAGUAACUGUGGCUUCCUCCAACGAUGUGAAUAACAGUCCAGGAACUAGUUAUGCCAAAAGAAUGCAGGCAAUCAAUGAGAAGACGCCUGAAAGUCAAAUUCUAAAGUCGCACAAUAACAAUGUACAAAACUGGAAGGCGAAUACUGUAAGAAGGCAAUUAAACUUUAUAUGUCCACCAAGUGAUUUUAAACUAGGUACCGUUUUAAAGUACAUUUGUGGUUUUGAACCUGAAAAUGCACACAGUGCAGAAGGAGAUUGUCUCAGUAUGAUACAUUGUGCUAUUGCAAUGAAAGACUUUGCCCAAGAAGCUGAUUUGAAAGCAGUACCCUUAAUUAAUUUUACCAAAGCGUGAUAUAUUUUAGAUGAUAUUUUUUUUAUAUUAUGAACGUACUUCUUUAUUUCUACGCGUAUACUGGGUAUUCGGCUAGUGGUGAAAAGAACUUAAGGAGCCAUUCUGGAAGUCUGUCGUCAAAAGUGAAAAAAAGGUGUCUUUGAAACUGUUAGUUGUAAGUUAUUAAAAAUUUCUUCUGAUCGUACGCGAACUCAUAUUGAAUGGUAUAUCUUACACUUUUAGAGGCAUAUUGCAUCUAAGAACCGAGUUCGCCAAUUGAAAUCUCGCAUGCACUACAAUUAUUCUUGACUUUCGUCUAUAACUUCUAAAAUCGUUCCUUUUAUUCACUAAUAACCGAAUACGCUGCUUAUGUAUAUUUUAUGAUACAUAUUUUAAAAAAUAACAUAUUCUAUGAUACAUGUUUUAAAAGAUUGCAAGUACCAAAAACACGUAAAAGUUAACUUCUAUAUUGAUUAAAAGAGUUUGUUAUUUUCAUGUGUGAUUACGUGUAAGUUAGGUAUAACUGAGAAAGAAGAUUGGACUGAUAUAUAGUAUAUAUUUAUUAAAAAUGUAAAAUUGAUACCUUUAAAUUUGUUUGUAAGUAUUCAAAAGUUUAUAAUAAAAGAUGAUAGUACAAAGGA